AAACCAGGCGCCGCUCCCUCCAUUCAAAGGACGCCGCUUUCCAGUGGGCGGACACUUUCCCGCUCGCUGCCCCGCCUCCCCUUUAAGCGCACGACGCCGUUACUAAGGCGGCCCGAGGAGCGGGCAAACUGAAUCGCUCCGGUGGCGAACAGCAGCGGCGGCCCGUCGGUUCCGCUUCGGCUCCGGCUCCCGUAGCGCCAUGGCGUUCGCCUGCUUGGAAGAUCCAACAUUGGAGAGGCAUUUCAAAGGGCACCGUGAUGCUGUAACGAGUGUGGAUUUCAGUCUAAAUAAUAAACAGCUAGUAAGUGGCUCUAUGGAUUCAUGCCUGAUGAUCUGGAGUAUGAAACCGCAAAUGAGAGCCUACCGCUUUGUGGGUCACAAAGAUGCAGUCCUGAGUGUGCAUUUUUCACCAUCCGGCCAUCUGAUUGCUUCAGGUUCUAGAGACAAAACAGUUCGCUUGUGGGUUCCAAGUGUCAAGGGAGAAUCGACUACCUUCAAGGCUCAUACAGGAACCGUCAGAAGUGUUCACUUUUCUAAUGAUGGCCAAUCAUUGGUUACAGCCUCUGAUGACAAAACAGUUAAAGUUUGGGCUGUCCACAGACAAAAAUUCUUAUUUUCACUAAGUCAGCACAUAAACUGGGUUCGCUGUGCGAAGUUUUCUCCUGAUGGAAGAUUGAUAGUAUCAUCCAGUGAUGACAAAACUGUCAAACUUUGGGAUAAAACAAGCAGAGAAUGUAUACAUUCUUUCUGUGAACAUGGUGGCUUUGUGCCUCACGUGGACUUUCAUCCUAGUGGUACAUGUAUUGCUGCAGCUGGCACAGACAACACAGUGAAAGUAUGGGAUGUUAGGAUGAAUAGGCUUCUGCAGCAUUACCAAGUUCACAGUGCUUCAGUGAACUGCCUGUCUUUUCACUCCUCUGGAAACUACCUCAUUACUGCUUCCAAUGAUUCAACUCUAAAAAUACUGGAUUUACUAGAGGGGAGACUGCUAUAUACACUUCAUGGCCAUCAGGGACCAGCUGCCUGUGUUACUUUCUCGAGAGCUGGAGAUUUCUUUGCUUCUGGAGGCUUCGAUGAACAGGUAAUGGUGUGGAAAACAAACUUUGAUGCCGCUGAUUAUGGCGACCUGCUGAAAACACGGAAAUGCAAUAUGAAUGUGAAUGGCGCUGACUAUGGUGAUGCACUGAGAACACAGAGGUCCAGUAUGAAUGUGAAUGGAUCUUCCAACAGUGUGAAACCAAUGGAUACUGGCAGUAGAGAGAUUCAGAAAUCUGGAAUUUACAGACAAGAAAAGCAAUCAGAGAUGGAUUUUGCAGAAGUUCCAGAUAAACAUAUUCAAGAAACUGAAACAGCAGAAUCCGCCAGAAGACAACAUGAACAAAUUGACGAGGCUGGUCUUGCCAGCACCCUCCAGCAUAUUGUGGGACAGCUGGAUGUUCUCACUCAGACUGUUUCCAUUCUAGAACAAAGAUUAACAUUAACUGAAGACAAGCUGAAGGAGUGCCUUGAGAAUCAACAGAAGAUUGCUCAAAGUAAAUCCAACUGAGUUUGCUGGGGAACUGACGGCAGCCAGCAUUGUGUG